AUGUCUACCACUACUUCCACCACCUCGUCCGUGAGCGCAACCAGCACUGCCUGCGGUGGCAGUGUUUGGGAAAUCCCUACAACAGAUGCAGCCUGUGCGGCUGUUAUUAGUGGGAACAUUACCGAUGUGAUGGAUGAUUGCUGCAAGGACGCGAAGGUUUCCAAGUACGACAACGACUGCGGCAUCUACUGUCUUGCCCAGGGCCAGGAUGUCAACAAGCUCCAGUCCUGCCUCACCAGCAAGAGCGGCAACUACCACGACGUCUUCUGCAACGCCGCUCUCAAUGCGACCGCCACUGCCACGGCCACCGGCUCCAAGUCCACUUCCUCAGGCACCGGUACUAGCACACAAUCGUCUACUACCUCGACUUCCACAAACGCCGCUAUUGCGAACCAGCCGGUCUCCAAGUCUGGUGUUGGAUUGAUUGCACUCCUUUUUGGAUCUGCUUUGAUGGCUGUUAUUUCUUAA